UCAAGGUUUAUUUUAUUUAGUUGGGGAUUUUUUGUUUGUGAUUUAGUGACUUAUUCGCGCUUCCCGUUUAAAUUUUAAAUGUCAAAAAAAGAUUUGAAAAAAUUUGCCCCAAAAAUGGAUUUGGACGAUACUCCUCGUAGUGUUGUUGUAACAACAUCGCGUGUUUAUUCCGAUGUGUUUUCGAACAAGCCUUCUUCCUACUUCGAGUACGACAACUACAACCCCCCGACUGACGACAUCAACAACUACAGUCUGAUUCGCAAAAUCGGUCAGGGGAAGUACAGUUUAGUGUUCGAGGGGGUGCACGAUGGCAACAACGACUCGGUUGUGGUGAAAUUACUGAAACCGAUUAAAAAGCCCAAAAUCAAGCGCGAAAUUAAAAUUUUGGAGCAUUUGCGAAACGGCCCCAACAUAGUGAGUCUCUAUGCCGUGGUGUCCGUCCCGUCGACCGGCCUGCAUGCCCUUAUUUUCGAGUCCCCGUCAAACAACGAAGAUUUCAAAGAGGUUUAUUUAAAAUUGGGCGAUUCUGACAUUCGCUACUACAUUUAUGAAAUCCUGAAAGCCCUCGAUUACUGCCACAGUAAGGGCAUAAUGCACCGCGACGUGAAGCCGCACAACAUCAUAAUCGACCGGAAAACCCGGAAAAUCCGGUUGAUAGACUUCGGCUUGGCGGAGUUCUACCGGCCCGGAGAGCGCUACAACGUCCGGGUGGCUUCCCGCCAUUACAAGGGCCCGGAGUUGCUCGUCGAGUACGGCUAUUACGACUACUCGCUUGACUUGUGGUCGCUGGGGUGCGUCUUCGCCGCGAUGAUCUUCCGGAAGGAGCCCUUCUUCCAGGGCUUCGAUAACCGGAAUCAGCUCUAUUGCAUUGUCAAGGUUUUGGGCACGAGCAAGUUUUACAGUUAUUUGAACAAGUACAAUAUUGUGCUGGAGAGCAGCAUGCAGGAGAUGCUGGGGAUCCACUCGAAGAAGCCCUGGCAGAGGUUCGUCAACACGGAGAAUGAGCAUCUGGUGAAUCACAAUGCGUUUGAUUUUUUGGAUUCGUUGCUUUGUUAUGACCAUAUGGAGAGGUGUUCGGCGCAGGAGGCGUUGGGGCAUAAGUACUUCGGGCCGGUGAGGAGUUCCGGGAGUUUGCCCGGAUUGGACAAACUCAAGGUCUCGGGGUCGGGACAAGCGGUUUAAUUAAAGUAAAUAUAGAAUAAUAAAUUAUUUUCGUGGAA